AUGCCAACCUAUACGGGUUCGUGCUACUGUCGGGCAAUCGAGUAUGAGUUGGAGUUGUCCUCGCCGGAUGACGCACGCACGUCGCUCUGCCAUUGUCGCAAUUGCAAGAAAGCCUUCGGAACCAAUUACGGUCUCACAGCGAAGAUCCCUAAAGACGCCAUCCGCAUCGUCCGCGGGACGCCCAAAGAACAUGCGGCAGACAACGGGUCCGGGGUCGUGAUUCACCGGGAGUUUUGUGCAGAGUGUGGCAGUUUCAUUCUGGAAUAUGGGGAUGCCGUCAAGGAGCAGUCCCGCUACCUCUGCGUUGGAUCCUUGGACGACCCGGAGGCUUUGCCCCCAAAGGGGGAGUUCUUCUGCAGCUCGAGGGCCAGCUGGAUGCCUGUGGUUCCUGGGGUUUUUCACAAGCAGCAGGUGAAAACAUAG